AUAGCCUUCUUUUUUCUCUUUCCUUGUUUUCUAAACCUUACAAUCUACAUCAUUAUCGAUAUCAAAACCACCAACUCUCACUACUCUCACAACUCUCACAACUCUCACAAUUAUCCUUUCAACAUCAUAUUAUUAUCGUAUUAUAGUCGUCUUUUUCUCCUUAAUAUCACUGCUUAGUCGACACUCAAUCUCCCACAAUUUCUGAUUCAUAUUCUUUCCUUAAAAAAUAAAAAAAAAGAAAGAAAAAUUCCGUCUUUCUCGUUAUCAAUGUCUCCACCUGCCGAGCACAAUCCUUCUCUUCCAUCGUACCAACAUUUUCCAGUACAAUCCUUAGGCACCAGCGCAAUGGACUACUCCGAGUCAACAGCAACAUACGAUCACCACCGUCAACAGCAGCGUGAUUCCUCCUCACAAUCUCCUCCUGCGCCUGCACCAUACUUUCGGCAACCGGGACCUCGAGCCCCUUCAAGAGAACAAUCCCAUUUAGAUUACAAUGGCAACAUCGAUAGUCUGACGAGGCGGCCAUCUUACCCUAAACUCAACCAUCAUGACUCCCAGCACCUCGACCAUCAGCACCAUCCUCACAGAUUAAUGUCAUAUUCCUCAGAACCUAACUUGGACCUAUAUGGACAUCAGCGGAGUCUAUCGUACCAUGGACAUUCUUCCAGCCAGCGACAGCAAGGCUCCCAGAUGUCGCCUACAUCCCCAACAGACUCUUAUUCUUCAUAUUAUCAAAGUCAGCAUCAGCAUCAUUAUGCACAGAGUCAUAUCCAUGAUCCAGCGCCGGGACAAAGAGAAAGAGGAGCAGGAGGAGGAGGAGGAGGAGGAGGAGGAGGAGUAACGGCAUAUGAACCCAUUUCGAUAUCAAGAAGAUCGUCGAGAGACGAUGUGUCUAUGUCGCACUAUGACCCACGAGAUGAGGCAUCAUCAGUAACGCCAACAUCAACUUCCACACCAGUACCGCAUCCAGCUCAUCAUGGGCGACAACGAAGUGUGGGUCAGUUAGGGUCUAUUUCCGCGCCUCAUUAUCAAGACCAUUCACUUGGGUCAUUCCAGUCACCAUCACAACUUCACCAGCCGCAACAGCCGCAAUCACCUCGAUCUCCACCUUCUCCACACUCGUCUUCAUCACCAACAAAACAAGACUCAAUGUCGCCUCAAUCACCGCCGCUAACACCUUCACCACGGGACUACCCUCAGCAGCAGCAGCCGCAGCCGCAGCAGCAACAGCAACAACAACAACAACAACAGCCAUAUUAUACACCGCCUUUGCCUCGUUCACGAGCAGCAUCGGUCGGAGGCUUCAGUAGUAGCAGUGGUGGCAGUGGUAGCAGAGUAACGUUGCACAAAGCAUCGACACGCGAAGUAGCAGCCGUAGGACCAAAUCGCCGGCUGGCCCAUAUUCUUUCAGAACAGAAGAGAAGAGAAAAGAUCAAUGGAGGAUUUGAUGAACUCAAAAGCGUCGUUCCCGAUUGUGCGCAAAACGCUGACUCGAAAGCGACUAUCUUGAGAAAAGCCGUGUCCUAUAUCCUACUCCUUGAAGGCGAACUGAAGAGGUACACAGGCGGAUAUGAUCAUUCAUCAAGAUAUGAUCAACCGCUUCAUAACAAUAACAUUAACAACACCAACAGCAGUGACAACAAUAGCAACCAUAGUACUAAUAACAAUAGUAAUCAUAGCAACAAUCAAUAUCAUUCGGAUCCCUCUUACAGUGAGCACGAUCGUCAGUAAUAAAGUGACAUUAUGUCAAUCCGAACAAUACAUUAAAAAAAAAAAAAAGCCUUUAUUCUCUC